GCGAGAGUUUCGAGACGCUCCCUUCGCCGAGCGCCGGUUGCGGCGUGAGAGAGACAAAGCGGAGCGCGAGCGGCCGAGGCGGCGCCGCAGCUCUCAGGGACCGUCGGCUAAUUCUGAGCCGGAAGUUGGGCUGCCUGGCCGGCUUCAUGGCGCGCUGGGGCGGCGGCGCCUCGUCCAAGGGCCCCGCGAGGGCCGCGGAAAGAGAAGGGAAAGGCGGCGGCGGCGGCGAGAAGGCCCCGUCCGAGAGGCGGAGGCUGAAGGAGGCGGUGGCUGAGCGGCUGAGGCAGGAUGUGGAGAGGCUUCUUAAAGAAGAAAUCCAAACUGAUGUCACUUUCCAUGUUGGCGGUGCUCUCUUCCGAGCUCACAAGGGAGUGCUACUAGCAAGAGUUCCCAGUUUUUUCUCCCAUGUUGCUGGAAGAGUGUUAAAUAGUCCAAACCACGGUGAAGUUUUGAAUCUGGAGAAUUUGGAACCCUCUGAAUUUAAAACAUUCCUGCAGGUCGUGUAUUCAUCCGGAAACGUCAAGGAGUCUGAGCAAGCGAUUCUCAAGAAAGAAAUAUCAAAGCCUAGCUCCACAAAGGAACAUGAAAGUGUGGACGUCAGCAAUCUGCAGAAUGGUGAAUUAUUCGCUGGACAGUGCCUAGAAAAUCAUGAAAGGACAUCUGGUUAUCAGUAUUCCUUAAGCGGAGCCCUAGAAACAGAAGCUGCUGCUUCCCCUUUUAUUGCAAAUGAAAUUCCUGGAGAAGAAGCUGCUGCUGCUGCUGUUGAUGCUGAAGGCAAUGCAGUUGUGUCAGAUGAUUCUAAAAUAGAAACAGCAUCUUGCUUAGGAAAAGACCUAUUGAUGCUCUGCAAGAAAUCUUGGUUUUCAGAUCUUACUAUAUGGAUUGACAGAAAACAAUUUCAAGUGCACAGGGCCAUUUUAUGUGCCAGAUCUUGUUACUUUGCUGCUAUGCUAAAUGGGAGCUGGGCCGAAAGCUCUCAAGAGCACAUCACUCUUCAAGGCUUAAACCAUGUAGAGAUGACUGUCAUUUUGCAUUUUAUCUAUGGAGGAGUUUUGGAUUUCCCAAACAAAGCAGAUGCUGGUUCCAUACUGAACAUUGCAGACAUGUAUGGGCUAGAGGGCCUAAGAGAAGUAGCUAUAUAUGUUCUGAAAAGAGACUACUGCAACUUUUUUCACAAGCCUGUGCCAGGGAAGCACCAGCCUGUUAUCGAAUGUCUAGCUAUUGCCCAUUCGACAGGAGUGGAAAGCCUUUAUGAUGCUUGCAUGAAGUGGAUGGUACAGCAUUUUGUAAGAUGUUGGUCAGAGAAGAGCUUUGCUAGUUUAUCCCCUGAGCUUCAGAAUAAUUGUCUUAGCAUGUUGAUAAACUCUUUGAGUCCACAGAAUGCUGCCCAUCUUUUGAUGGAAGCCAACCGGCUGAUCGGGAGUCUUCCCCGCGUGAAGUGGACUGAAACAGCUCUUCUCUUGGCAUCUAGACUGCAAGAAGAGUGUGUAGCAUUUAUGGUGGCACAUUUCCCCGACGUAAUACAAAGCGAGAGCUUUUUUGCCCUGCUACAGUCUCAGGCCAUGAGCAGUGAACCUGACCUCCUUGAUCAAGUGUUUGAAGCGGUCGAGAAGGGUGUUGGCACUGAAAACAGUUGCUCUCUUCUUACAGCCAUGGACACUUUGCUAAAUUCUGCAAAAGUGAAGGACAUGCUGCUGAUUUUCUUACUUGGAACGCAGGGGUUUACGUGCAGGAUCCAGGCUCUGCGUGAUAAGCUGUGGAUCUUCCUGGUUCAGUCGUUUUAUGCUGUUCGUCACACACAGAGCUGGAAGCUGCUGAAGGCAGACGAUCAACAGAACAUACAAGCAGCUGCUUUUGAUAAAGGCGAUGAUAGAAGACCUACCAAAAAGCCUGUAUUCACUAGUUCUCAGUUAAACAGAUGCACUACUGACAGUUCUGGUCUAAAGCAUCCUGCUUUGAAAGCAUACAGAAAGCAAAACAGUUGGGGUGGUUCCUGCACUAAUCAGGAUAAAAUGAAAUCUGAUGGAUUAGGAGCAUCUGGGCACACAUCGGCUACCAACAGGAACGGCACUAAUAAGGCUUUGAAACAUGACGAUUUAAAGGGGAAAGACAACAAAAAAGCUGUUUGCAAGAUGAUGAAAGAGUCCAAAAUGGGGGAGAAAACGCCUUCGCCCAAGGCUAGAGCUGUUAUAAAGCCCAAAACUGAAAAUAAUGGAAAUGCUAAGGCCGAAAGCUUGCUUACCAAACAGGAUUCCGAACGGUCUUUAUCUGCUAGCGGACACAAAAAUGUGGGAAGUGGCAAAGCCUCAAAAAAUCAAGAAGGUAAAACUGCAGGUGCUAGACCCAAAGUACUCCCUGGGAGCUCAAGUGUACAGAUUAAAGCAAAACCUUUGAAGAAGACCAGUGGAAAGGAAUCUCCCUCUCUUAUGGGCACAGAAACUCUAAGCAAGUCCACUAACUCCAGCACAGAUCUACGGAUGUCCAUUGAACAGCUCGAUGAACUGAAAGAGGAAAAAUUAACAGAUGAAGGCAAAAAGCACUCAGCUUUGAAAACAAAGCCUGCUUCGAAGAUGUCUAAUGGAGCUCCUGCUAAAAAACAUGUUAAUGAUCUUGAGGCUAAUGGUUCCAUGAACAGUGUAAAGAAAUGCACUGGAAAGGGCAACAACGAACCCCUACCGCAGGCAGUUUUGAAGAAAAGGGGAAAUGAUUCUGGCAACUCUACCAUGCAACCGAAGACAAAAAACGUAGUUAACACUGUGAAAAAUCAAGUAGGUCCACCAGGGGAGACCCCAAAUCUACUGAAGCCUGGACUCUCUCCUAAGCAAAAUGAAGAAAAAAACAUGACCCAAUAUCUAACUCAAUCAGAGAAGCAACCUUCAUCAAAGAAAAAGUCUAAAUCUCCGCAGGCAGCUUCAGUUAAAGCCACAGCAAAAAUAAUAAUAACAUCCAAAACCCAAAACCAUUCAAAGAAGAGUGAAAUCGUGAACAAUAAAGAUCAAAAACAGAAAAUAGUUACAGGGCAACCUGCUCCAAAGCUUCCUUCUUCAAGCCAGAAGCAUUCCAGAAGUGAAUCACCAGUUCAGAAGAAUUUACAUGCAGAAGGGCAAAAAAAUUCAACUUCGUUGGGAACUCAGUUGCAUAGCAGUAACAAAUCUAGCCCAGGGAAGAAGAACAACAGCAGAACAUCUUUGCUUGAGAUAGAUAAGAGACACAUACCUGAUUCAGAAAAAGUGACCCCUCUUGAAGAGAGAGACAUGAAAGGAAAUUUGGAACAUAAUUGUGUUGCAGAGCUGAAAACUGAAAAGAUAGCAAAACAGGUUCAUAAGAAUGAGGAUGAUAAAUCGCUUGUAAACAAAACAACUGUACAAGAAUUGCAGCAUGUCAGAGAAGAGAAGGGUGUGACUUGUGCAAAUGUUAGCCAGAAUCCUGCGAUUUUAGCUUCUAAAGAAUUGAAGUGCAAAAUACUUCCUGAUUCUGUUGCCUACCAGAAUCUCUUGGAACAUACAGGAGAGAACCUUUUAACACAAGUAACAUCGGUCGGUUGCAAAUCUAAUGAUACCUCAAAGGAUGUUAACUAUCUUGAAGAUCCAUUGCACAGCUUGUCUGAAACAGCCAAUGACAGCUCUAACUCUGAACAUGAGGGGAGGAAAUCUUCUAAGGUCUGUAUAAUGGGCUCUGAAAGCGCUGAUGAAUUCUCUGAUAAAUCUGCCUUGACUGAAUCCCAAUCGGCUACCGUGGAAUCAGAUGCUGCUUCAAAAUCUUUUGUAGAGCAUGUUGCAGAAAAAUGCUCAUCUAAAGACACCGAUACCACAGAGACCCCAGAGAGCCAUGAGAACUCAGAGGCCCCCUUUGCAGAUCAUUGGAAUCUGAGUUCCAGUGCACUUGAUCCAAAAGAAAGCCCUGAAUCGGACAGUGGCAGUGCAACGACAUCAUCCGACGAUAUAAAGCCAAGAUCGGAAGACUAUGAUGCAGGAGGAUCUCAGGAUGACGAAGGGUCAAAUGAAAGAGGGAUUUCAAAGUGCAGCACUAUGAUAUGCCAUGAUUUCCUUGGCAGAAGCAGCAGUGAUACAAGUACACCCGAAGAACUCAAAAUCUAUGACACAAGUCUGAGGAUAGAAGUGAAAAUGAAAAAGGAAAACUCUGAUCUCUUCCGUGUUAUUUCAACAAGUGAUGAUGAGAUCCCUAGAAAAAGGCCUGAAGCGUGGCUGCACCAAGGUGAUGAGAAAAGGGGUGGUUCCAGAGGGAAUAAUGCUAAUUUUGCCGCUGCACAGUUUCCUCAAGAAGCUGAUCAGGUCUCCUCUUCGGCUGAUGAAACAGAAGAUGAAAAGUCUGAAACUGAAAAUGUCGUAGAAAACCUGCCUCCACCAGAAAUCCCUGUUCAGCAGUUCCAUGGAAUUGUGAAUCUUGCAUUUGAAGAUGCAGCAGAAAAUGAUACUGAAAGUCAAGAAUUCCCUGCCACCAAAAACUUUAAGCGUUCAGUAUUGCUUUCAGUGGAUGAAUGUGAAGAAUUGGGAUCUGACGAUGGUGGAGAGGUCCACACUUCCCUCCAACGUUCUCUGGAUGCUGCAACGCCUUCUGAUGUGUUUGAUGGCACUUCCCAUGAGGGUCAUGGCAAGACAUUUUAUUCAAGAUACUCCUUGGAGAUUGAAGACGGAUUCCUGGAGUGUAAGGAGAAUGAUAAGGAAAGGUUAGAGAAAAGUGAGAAUGCUUCUGUAGACCCUUGUGGCAAUGAGCAAAAACCCAAGGAGAAGAGUACUCCAGUUAUGGAACAGAAGCCUGCUGAGAAAGAUUUGAUUGUGAGACAUAGUCCGUCUCCUGCAGAAGUUAAGGAAAAUGCCAAGAGUGAAGAGAACAAUGAAUUCCAGUGUAAUAAAGUCUCAGACAACGACACAAAAUCUCAAGGAAGACCAUGUCACCUGGAUCUUCAUCAAAGAGAUAAUGCUGAGUUACAAAAGAACAAUUCUGCAAAACCUGUAGACCCAAAUAGGAGUCAUAUACUGAUUCAGGAAGGCCACGUGAAAGAGAUUGAUUCAGCAUCUACUGAAUACGCUAACUCUGCUUUAUCCGCAGGAGACAUAGAUGAUUGUGACAGAUUGACACAAACCUGCAUGUAUGAGCAUCGGCCUCCAAAAACCCUUUCUCCAAUUUACGAGAUGGAUGUUGGAGAAGCUUUUGAGCAGAGGAUGGAGUCGGAACUGAACAUUCUAGAUGUGGAUUUUGAAGAUCAGCCGUUUGCAGAACAGGACUGGACUCUUCUCAGGCAACUGUUAUCUGACCAGGAGUCAAACUUAGACAUCAAAAACUCUGUUCCUGAAGACCUUAACUUAGCACAAUAUCUCAUCAACCAGACACUUUUUCUGGCACGAGACAGUUCACAACCUCAGGGUAAAGCACAGAUUGACACUUUCAGUAGGUGGACUGAACUGAUAUCUCCACUGGAUGAUUCUUCAGCAAGCAUCACAGUGGCAAGUUUUUCCUCUGAAGAUUGUUCUUCCCCUCAAGGGGAAUGGACAAUUCUUGAACUAGAAACCCAUCAUUGAAGUGAUCAAGUGUUUUGAGACAGGACUCCUCCCCUCUUCUUUUCCCUGUACCUCUGCAAGUAAAUAGGUGAUGCAAUAUUUCUAUACAAUAAUAAAUACUGCAUCCGUCAAGAAGAAUCAGUCCUUGAUAUUGAAAUGAUCCUUUCUUUAAGUGGUCCAUUUCUAAUUUAAGAUUUAAACACAGGUAAAAUAAACUUUUGAGAUUUAAGAUGGAUGUUUUCUAAAAACUAUUUUCAAGCAUGUCUUCUUUUCUUUCUCUUCCUAGACUUAGAUGCCCUGUAAGAAAAUGCUUUGACUUACUCUCUCCUUUUUUCAUUCAUCACUUACUCAUACAUUUCCUAAAUGCUCAAUGAAUUAAAAUAUGAAUGCAGAAUAAGUAUUGCUAUCCUUUUUUCUUCCAUUGCUCUCCAUACAUAGUGACUUGGUGACUUCUUCAAAGAUAAGCGAUUCACAGUGAUUACGUCAAAAGAUGUGUGCCAACAGUACUUUCAAUUCUAGAAAUGUGUGUUUGGAUUUGCAGGAAAUAAUAAUAAUAAUGCAACUGUUUCUGAAUUUAUUUAUAAACAGCAGCAUGUUUGGGUUGUUUUCUCCAGGUUGAUUUUUUGUACCUUUUUGUUUUUGAAAAUUCAAUAAAUUUCUAAAUUGUUUAAAUCUAAGAUUGCACAGGAGUUACUGGAAGGGAUACAUAGUGUUCUUUUUCUAGGAAGAAAUAAAUGUUUACAGUGUUGUUAAAUUGAAGGGGGGGAAACCUCAAGAAUUAUUUAUACAAAAUCUAAUACAGUUAACAGUUUUUUUUCUUUUAAGAUGGUAUUUAAUAGCAUGAGACAGGUGAAAUAUAAUGAAGUAGUCUGCUCAUUUCAAAUUUAUGUCUUUUGUGUGCCAUAUAGAUCUAUAUUUGGAUUCCUUAGAGUGUAUUAGGUAGCACACUUCCCUUAUCAAAGGACACUUUUAAAGGAUUGGUAUUCAUCGUUUUUGAUCCAGAGCCUCUUUCCCAGUUACAGCUUAUCUCGGGGGGUGGGGGUGGGUCUGGUUAAUAGCGCAGGAACAGUGAAACACAAUAUCAUCUAUAUGUGUUUUUUUAUUUCCUUUUCAAUAUGCAUCCUAUUUACUCUGUGACAAGAGAAAAUUGGAAUCCACUUCAUAGGGAGUUCUUACCAUCCAAGUUCCAAUGUAGACGGAACACUCAGAUACUGAUUUUUGUGUUCUAUGAUGCUCACUUAAAUAAACUUAAGAUGGAUGGAC